CCGAAACAGGUAUAAUGAUAAUGAUAAUGAUUUCAAAAUUUUCAUUUAUAAUUACCAUAUUGAUCAUAUCAAGUGUUAAUGGUGAUGCUAUAUUAACACAAUCGACAACGGGUAAACAAUGUGAACGUGCUGAUAAAUGUGCCCUAACAUUAAUACCAUUAACGGAUGAAAAAUUUAUUGAAAAACCACCAAGAACAUCAACCGAAUUGAAAGAAUGGUGUCAACGUAUUGUACCAAUGGAAAGAUGUUUAAAAGAUUUUGCUGUGAAAUGUUUAAAUAAACUUUCCAAACAAACAUUAUCCAUAAUGAUGUAUAGUGUAACACGUACAAAUAAACGUAUUUGUACAAAUAAAAAAAGACAAAAAUCAUUUUUAAAUCUUAUUGAUUGUGCACAUGAACAAUUACCAUUGUUUGGCCAGAUUCUACGAAAUAUGACCAUAGAUUUUCAUGCAAUACCAUUGGUUGAUGAAAAAAAUUUACGUAUACCAUUAACAUGUUGUUCAUAUUAUAAAUGGAAAAAUAUUGCCAUCAAUAAAAUUAUAAAAUUAUGUCCAACAAAUCAUCAAGCAUCGGAAGAAGUUGAAAUUUUAUUAACAGGUUACGCAAAUGAUUUGCUAUCAGUUGUAUGUGGUGAUUAUGUUGAAGAAUCGGAUAAAUGUGAUGGAAUUAUCGGGAAGAUACCGGAAUGGCGACGACCAUUACGUUGGCAAAAUUUUAUUCUACCAUUAAUUGAUUUAUAUGAUAGUAUUGAUGAUAAUGUAUUACCACAACCAUCAUAAUGAUGGUAAUCAAUUUUUCAAA